UGAUUCUUACGGAGAAACAUGCGGUAAAGCGGGCGGCGGACGCCCCAAUGGCGACAACCGCUUUGGGAACCUGUCAAAAUAGUAAUCAACAGCUAACGAGGACGCUGGAGCGGGUCUUCGAAGAGGCGCAAGUCACGGGUGAACUCCGACUGAACGGGAGAAAGUUGAAGGACUUUCCAAAGUUCAUUUCCAAGUAUGAUCUCGCCGACACCGUAUUGGCAGAUUUGUCCAAGAACCGAUUCCAUGAGCUUCCACUGGAGAUCUGCAUGCUGUUCCUUUUGGAGAAGCUCGACUGCUAUCACAACCUCCUUCGUGUCAUCCCUAGCUCCGUCUCGACCCUCCAGUCACUCUCUUUCCUCAACCUCAGCCGCAAUCAGUUGAGGACGAUACCUGCUGCCCUCUGUCAACUUCCUCUUGAGGUGUUGCUCUUGUCCAACAACAGGCUCGUCUCUCUACCUGAGGAAAUUGGCCAGAUGAAAUGUCUCAUGGAGCUGGAUGCCAGCUGCAAUGAGCUGACGCUUGUGCCGGUCCAAAUUGGAGAGGUUGUCAGCUUGCGUUCCCUGAGCGUGCGACACAACCUCCUGGUUGAACUACCCCAAGAGCUCUGUUCUCUCAAGCUGGUCACUCUGGAUGUGGCAGCCAAUCGUAUAACCUUCCUCCCUCCUGCAUUGCGACUCAUGACCUCCUUGCAGGGAUUGCACCUGGACCAGAAUCCUCUCACCAGUCCUCCUGCAUUUCUGUGCAGUCGAGGGAAGGUACACGUCUUCAAGUACUUGGAAAUCCAAGCAAUCAAAGAGGACAGACAGAGGGGAACCCUGUUGGCCAAGAACCUUACCCUUGUGUCAUCCAGGCCAGAAUUGCACUACCAGAAUGGGCACCUGAUGGACGGUCGGCAAAAGAGGUACACUGUCGACUCGGGUUACAAUACCUCAGAGGGUGGAGACAAGCGGUGGUCGCAGGGCAGCCAAGAGCUGAGUUCGGACGUAGAAGAGGGGCGCCAGUUAGCUGUGCGAGCUGCGGAAGCAACGAAAGAACAACGGCAUGAACGGUGGCGGUGGCGACCCACUGAUCUCCCAGAGAACACUUCCCCAUUGUGCAUCCCAGCUGGUGGAACCCCCAGCACCCUAAGCCCAGGCUCGGAAGUGUGCAUAGACGACACCUUUGCCAAGGAAAUGGCAACAUCGUUGGAAGAGGAAGAAGUCGCCGAGUCUCCGCCGGAAGAAAAACGAGAAAGUCCAGAAAAUAGGGCCAAUCACAUCGUGAGGAGGCAUUCGACUAACGGAGGGCCACCCCACAACUUGCAGACGUCGCAUGUGCAGACGUACAGAGAGUUCAAGGAAGCCCUGAAGCAGAGGCAGCGCCUAGGUGCAGAUCGGAGCCCGUAUUUGCAAAGGGCUGCACCCCCUGUCAUCGCAAUACCUCCAGAAGAAGAGUUCAGAGCGAAACACGAUGCGAUCGUCAACCACCAGCGGAACGAGACCCUAAUGAAUCAAGGGGAGAGACCAGACUGUGCUACCCAACAGAAUUCCACUAGUCCACAGCAGUCUCCACAGCGGCUGCCCAAAUCUGAAGCAAGUUCACUACACGUAGAGAAGCUGAGGUGCAGCCCUUGUAGUAGUCCUUACAAGACACCUCCUCGGAUGACACCUCCACGGCAAACAGCUGGCUUCACCAUUCGGCGAGGCUUGGAGAAAGCCCGAGAAGAACAGGAGCUGGUGGAGAGACUGCGAUGGGUCAUCGAGAGUCGGUUGAAGGUGAGCUUGCCGGAGGACCUGGCAGCUUCAUUAACCGAUGGUGUGGUGCUUUGCCAUCUGGCCAAUCAAGUGCGUGCACGGUCUGUCGCAAGCGUCCAUGUGCCUUCCCCUUCUGUGCCCACACUGACGAUGGCCAAACGCAGGCGCAACGUUGACAACUUCCUGGGUGCUUGCCGGCAACUGGGCGUUCCUGAGGAAGUGACCUGUUCUGCUCAAGACAUCCUGGAGGGCAAAGGCCUUGUGCGUGUUGCAAUCACAGUGGAAGAAAUCUUCAAGAUGGGAACUCGUGGCCGCAAACAUUGACGGUGGCAAAAUACAACCCUGCUUCUAUUCUAGUCUUGGAACGACGUCUGGUCCCCGUGGAGUAAGAGAACAAAUUAUUAUGCUUUGGACAACAUCUUACUUGAACGGAAAUGUUUUCUCUACAGUUGUCUCAGCACUUGUGCAACACAGGCCGUAACCCACCCACUAAGGUCGAGGCAUGUCAUAUUUAUUAUAAGAUGAACAACAUCCAAAUAGUGCAUCUACUUCCGCAUUUUGGUUGCAUAAUAGGUCAGGUGAAAACAUCUUAGAAUCAAACUCAUAUGAUAAACUCAUAAGAUGUUUGCGAGUCCCCAAUUUUUGCGUAUUUUAACGGCGUGCGAAAAUUUCAGACAAGAAUUUGUGCUUGACAAUCGAGGCUGCAAUAGAAAAGUUUUAUGUUUGCACUUACUUGUACAAGUUACUAGCGAGCAUGUGAACUUGUUUUCAGUACAAGCACGUGAGAUUUCACUUUUAUUAAAUGCGACCUUGGGCUUAUAUCGAAGCGAGCCAAUUAAGUCGCAAAUUUUAGCAUCCAGAAUUUGCAAAAUUUAGUGUGUGCCCAAAUUAAAAAAUUACAAAUGUGUGCCCAAUUCUUCAAAAAUUGUGGCGCAGUGUAAAAUAAAUAUUUUAAUUUAAGGGUGAGACACUCAUAUGAGAAAAUGUCUCGCACAGUUUCGUGGCACUUUAAUGUCAACAACAGGAGUAGUUUGGUCGUAUCGUAGAUAAGCUAUUUCACCAGAAUCCAUCCUUGGUUGUUUUGUUUGCACAAGUCUAGCCCUGUAGGCUUUGUACAUCAUAGUGUGCAUCAGCACUGAUCAGAGACUACUUUGUAAGGCAUCAGAGAAAAUGUCACCAUUUUCUCUGAUGGAAGAUAUCAAAAUUUUGGUUCAGUUGCAGUUUGAAUGGUUGUCAACUGCAUUUACGUGUUAUCGUGGGAUUCUCAAAUAAUACUCUGUUGAGAGUCGAGUCUUCCUGUAUAACAUAUAUUACAGGGUACAUAUUCAUGAGGACGCAUGUAGCGAGGAGGGUGGUACUGCUUUGUACAAAGACUAAACAUGGUGGUCCCCAAACACAGUCAAUGAUUGACUCACCCUAUGCUUGGGAGGGGCAUCUUCUAUCUCCCUACUCUCGUUAUCUGUGUAGAGGUUCGUGCUGUCUGCUUGAUUAAGGACAUAAAUUAUUUUCCUGCAUGUCCCACGUCAAGCUGUAUCGGAGCUGGAUCUGUUAUAACUAGGGCACGGAUUUUUAGGUACUAAAAAGUCUCAAGAUAGACAAUAAAAAGAGAAAAUAGGCACAUUCUCUUCAGGAUAUACAUUGACUCUCUUGUAAGGCUUCUCACAAUAUGUGAUGCUGUACUUGCGUUUGUUUAAAUUAUAUGAUACUACGUAUACAACUGCUCGUACAAAAAUACUUGUAUGCAUGGGGUCCAUCCCAGCAUGGUAGCACUGAUAUUUACACUGAUAUUUUAGCCACUCAUUGUCCUGAAAGUACACUAUAUAAUGAAUCAUGUUUUCAGUAUCUAUCCCAGCCACCCUUCAAGGUCUUCUACUAUCUGAAUAUCUUCUAGCUAACCAAAGUGCCUCCAGUUACUGGAAUGAAAGCAACGCAUGGUCGUGAAUAAAAAGAAAUUAUACCAUUGCCUAGCACCUCUGCCAUGCUCUACCGCGGAGCAUACCGUGGAGCCUAGUUACCACCGUGGGUGGACAAAGGGGGCCUGGCAAGAUUCGAAAAGGGCAAUAUGGAAUGAGAUCAAGAAAAAAGCAGGCAAGCUGGAAUAUGUCACAUUUAUGCACUUUUGGCCAUUUAUAGGCAAAUGCCUUAAGAUCUGGGCCCUAGUUAUAACAAAUAACCAUCCUUAUAGUCAUCCAGCGUAACAGUAGCAAUAGGGGCCAUCAAGCGUGGCCAUCUUUGUGCAAAGUGGGUAAUCCUUUUCGCUAUUUCUGUUCUAUAUGACUCACAAAAAGAGAACUCUCACAAAUUAUUUGUCAAAGAACAUUUUGGGUGUGCUUUUAAGCCCGUACCUUGUAAAUGUACAGUUUCUUAAAUCUUUCUUAAAUGUUAACAGACAAUAUGUGACAGAGUUUUUGGUGUUGUACGUAUUUUUAAAAUAUUUUAUGACCACAGUGCUUUCGAAGGGAGAUUUUUUUUUUUUUUUUUCACCUUACAAAUUUUUGCGCAUUUUUCAUCUACUACCAGACAGCAUGAACAAUGCCACAUGCUGUAUGAAAGAACUGCCAAGUGAUGUCAUCAUCAAAAGUAUGUAAAUGGUGAAGCAGAUGACAGUGAGGACAUCCUUGCACCAGUUAUUUUCAAAUAAAUGAGACGUUGCUGCUCUCGGCUAAAUGCACUUUUGAGAAACUUGCCAUCCCUUGCUUAUUGCUUUAACAGAUGACACCGGGGCCUUAUUUCAAGCAGAUGGGAUCGCAUGUGGCAUUGUCACAGAGUGAUGGUGAUAAACAUGUACUUAAUUAGCCAUGUGAAUAGUGUCAAGGUCGCAUUAGAGAGCUGAGCACUCUUAUCAUGUUUGAUUUUCAUAAGACAUAUUUUAAAAACUAGUCUUAUGAGAGGGGUCACUGGAUUUAGAAGGUGCAUUAAGUAGGCAACCCUCUUUUGGCAGAGUAUGAGACACCCGGUGCAGCCACUUAACAGUGAUGUGGCUUCCUGUCGUCUGCUCAUGCAGUGCACAGACUGAGGGUGCAGCGGCUUUGUUUGGACAGCGGCAGUUUUGAGGACAAAAUGUCCUCAAAACCGCUCUCAAUAGCAAAUAGGAUGUACCACGACGGAAAUUUGUAAUAGACACCAUGGGAAUAAUUUUCAGUUAAGGUGGCUGCUUGGCAUGAACACGGCUGCAUUAAAGCCCUGCAUGACCAAAACAUGGUACCUCGUUAAAUUGCUGCGAUAUGUCUACACCAUCAUGUUACCAAGUACCCCAUAGAUCUACGGUGCUAAUUAGAAGUACUUUUCUGCCGGCACCCAGUAGAUCGCGUGCUCAAUAGGAAAUAUCAAAUAUGUCACGCCAAACGUUUCAUGUUCCAAAUGCUUUGGUGCACCCAUUUGAGAUGGGUGCGUGAAAAACUCGCUGGUGUCUGACACUCCGGAUGUGUCACGUUAAGCGAGUGGAGUAUGAAACACUCUCGCUACGGGGUGCCUACUUAAUGCAAUCUGUUCUGUUCUGUAAUGCAGUGUACCCACAGGCACAGAUGAAGGUACUUACUUAAAUGAGGAUCUCUUGCAUGCACUUUCUUUGCCUUAAGCCUGCCGGAGUUCGGACUAGCAAGACAGACUUUGUACGGAAUAGAUAAACUAACUCCAUUCACAAGUUGUUGCUGUCCGUCCAUAACGUUUUUCGAUUCUGUUACCUUGGCAUGAUAUGGUGACACCCCACUUAUUGUAAUCCACUUAACUCGAGAUGAAAUAGAAACGUUGCUAGUCCAAACUUGGUGAUUUUUUGAUGCCUUGUCAAUGUAAACUCAAUUAGUUUGCGAUACAGUGGAAGCUUCUUCUUGAGCAGAAAGUCUGAAUUAACCAGGAUUCGGAACAAAGUAGUACUGAAGUAAGUAGCAUACUUGAAAUUACGCCAAAUUGAGAGAAUUCCAAUUGACGAGGGUUUCACAGCAUUGUGGUAAAUUUUUUCUUUCGUUAAGCCUCUAGAAGAAAAGAAAAAGAAAAUACCUGGCACAGUUUUUCCUGCGAUUUUAUCAUUCGAUGUGCCAACCCUUGCGAUACCUCACUAUUUUUUAUCAAAUUUUUAACUCGCAUUAACACGUUUCUCUGCAUUCCUCAAUCGACGCAUAUCUUAUGAAAAGCACAGGGUGUCCAGACAAACAGUUGUUGUUGAAAAUAGACCAAAAGCCAGGAGUCAUGAUUUUUAGGCACUAACCGGGGGCACUCUUGACCGCAUAGCAUGCAGUAUGCCAAUCAUCAUCGCGGAUGGUAUCGCUGUCUCCCGAUAAGCUGAGAAAGGGGGUGCGCACCGUUUUAUGUAUCAACAUUCCUUCCAAACGGAAGAUGAAACAAUACGGUUCUGAAAGUUGGUUGGCCUAGAAUGGUUUAUCCAACGAAGAGCGCUACCUGUUAGUGCCUCCGGGCCCAAGUCAUGAUCUUUAUUGUUUUGUUACACUGGCUUCCACAACAAAACACAUUCAUAGUGAUAAGAAUGCCUGUAACAGCCAGAAGGGGCCUCUACCAGAAUGCUACGAGGGUUUAAAAGGUUUUCCUUUCUCGUGAACAGUUUUUAUUACGCAUUUCAAGCUGAUGACGACACCUGCAUAGGCAUCAGAACGUCCUUUUUGUUGUGGAAGCCAGUGUAACAAAACAAUAAAGAACAGUUGUUGUAUAAACAUGCACGUACAUAAUUACCUGAUAAAACAACUAGAAGAUGUGCUACAUGCUUGCAGUACGAAAGGCCUGCAUUAGAGCCCUGCCCCCAACCCAGCCUGAGCCCGACUUGGGAACAAAUAUGCUUCCGAGAGUCUGGCUCGGCCAGAUCACGCAGCUAAUUCCACACAAUGGAGGGCUAUUAGUUGAUAUCAUCACGUGCUUGCAUCAUUCCUGCGCAUAGUAUUUGCAAAAACAAGCAACGGACACUGCAUUAUGCGUAUGAACAUUCUGAAAGCCACUUGACAUUGCUCCUGACUCCUCGCAUAUUUCACAAUCACUUCCUUUAAGCUUGGUGAGAAGGGUAGGGAUCGGGAGAAGGAGUUUGUCAACAAUGUCCUCUACCUCCACAAAAACUUGGUAGUGUAACGAUAACGCGCUUGCCCGCGUGUGUUCUGGAUUUAAUUUGGUCUCGCGCUGUUGCUUUCGUAUGUUUAUGGCCUUGUCUUCUCUUCUUAUAAAUUUGUUUGAGAAGAUCUAGAGAUGCGUAAGUCGUGGCUGCAAGUACUAGGCCUGGAUUUACUCACUGAGUCACCAGGGCGGCCCCAAAAAAGGCUGCAUAAAAAAAAGGACGGCCCGGGUCGGGCCGUUUUUCAACGCGCCCUGAACAGUCGGCCCGUGCAGGGCUCUAGCCUGCAUUCCCAGAUGCACUUUCUGAGACUUCAUUUGCAACCACUUUCAUGCCAUGUUUUGGACGCCACUAGAAAGCCCUAGUUGUGCUCAAAUUAAAGUAUGAAAUGAGACCAAAUGUUGAAGUGCAGGAGACAACUGUUUGUCAUUGAACACCCCCGUGUCCAGAAAGUCCAUUUUUAUUAAACUGCACGCCAGCAUCAAUGUCACUUGUGAGUGAGCAUGUAAGAGUAUAGUUUUGUAAUAAUCGUGUCCUCAUAAUACUCCUCUUCCUGGACCUUUUUUCUUACAAUGAGAAUCUGGCAUCUGAUGAACAUCUCGAUACAUACAGAAAUGUUGUGUAUUUGUAAAUAAGGCCAUUGCUGUCUAAACAGUCAAACUUUAUUUUGUCACUCAUGUACGUGUACAUAGAAAAGCAGAAAAAUAAAAUUUUUCUCGUCUCUA